CGCAUAGCCGACUCGGAGCUGGGCGCAGCGUUCGCUCGGUCAGUAGCAAAAUGAGACGGGAACGCGAAACAUCGUUUGGCUAUCGCUGUGUCCUGCUGGCAGUGAUCGUGCUCUUGGCUGGGGCGAGUGCUGCGCCGCAGCAGCAGAGCCCAGUGACAGAGGCGGCCAAUCAGUCAUCAGAUGCCGAGAGCAAGUCCAGCUCCAGUGAGGAGGACAGCCGCUCGAGCAGCAAGGAAGAGAAUGCCUCGGACGACUUGAUUGUGCUCAGCUCGGAUCGUGGCCCGACCAAGGAGCCAUCCAAGUACGACGAUCUGCUGCGCGAGCUGGAGGAGAAGGAACAGGAGGAGCCAUUCAAUCCGGCGCCGCCCCUAAACAUUAGCGAAUUCGUGGCCCUGAUACCCGCCCGGCAGGUGGUGGCCAUCGUCCACAACUACUAUCGGCACGACGAGGAGGUGCAGCGCGCGUAUGACUUCAUCAAAACCGAGAUCUUUGAGCUGCUGCAACUGGUCGAUGUGCUGGCCUUGACGAACUAUCUGCAUGGCCUCGGGUUGGACGUGAUGGAUCUGGCCCAGACUGUGGUGCAGACCCUCAAAUCGGCCACGGCGGACAACACGCCGGGCAGCGAACUGGAUGUGGCCAUUGUCAAUGAGGAGCAGAAGGGCGUGCAUGGCCUGGUUGACAGCAUACUGGGCCUGUUGUCGGCGAAACAGUUCAGUGAGCUCUAUGCCCGCAAAGUCAAGACGGAUGAACAUUUCGCCAGGUUCAACAACAAUUUCUUCUCCACGGAGCUGAAGAUUAUCUUGAAAAAUCUCUAUUACUCAGAGCCGGUGCGUGAAUUGUUCUACAAGGACAAAGAUGACAUAUAUCUGCCCCAGAUAUACGAGUUCAUUCGCCACAUACGCAUCUGUCCAACAGACACGCCCAUCAGAGGCGAGUACAGAAUGAAGACGUGCCUGCAGCCUGAAGUGCCCGUAACACCAAAGUCCUAAUAGGUCCCUUCGCUCG